GCGGUCGUAGGUGUGGCAGGCAGCGCGUUCUCGGUGCGAGUAGAUGAGAGCGACACGGUGGACGACUUGAAGGACGCGAUCAAGGCGAAGAAGCCGAACGACUUCAAGGACAUCGACGCAGACAAGCUGGAGCUCUACGUGGCGAAGAGGGAUGGUGUGUGGCUGACGGAGGCAGACGUGAAGAGCGGCGUAGCGGACAUCACGGGCCUCGUGCGGUUGGAAGUGGUGCGGGCGAAGCUAUUUAGUGUGGGGCUGUCGGAUGAAGUUGUCAGCGAAGUGGAUGCCCAAGAAGAAGCAGCAGGGAGAGGCCCGGUGAACGUGCUGGUGGUGGUUCCGAUGAAAAAGCGCAGAGUGGAUGCGGGAGUGGACGAGGAGAGGAGAUUUUUCGACACGAGAGACUUCCCUCCGCUGCUGGCGCCGCCACAGCGUGGCGCGACUGUGGAAUCACCAGAGGCGCAGUGGGAGAAGUUGUUGAAUUCGCUGGAGUGGAAGGAGCCAAAGCGACUUUGCGCAAGUUCUGGACAGAAUUGGCCAUAUCAAGGGGAAUCAGAGCUUGCGGGUCAUCUUGUGGAGCCGCUUGCACUGCAUUAUACUGCCUGGUAUCUCCAGAACGAGGACAAGCAGAAUCACGCCAUCAACCUAGUGCUGAGUGGACCAGGCACGGGAAAGUCGCGCAUGCUGGAUCAAAUGAAGGGCUUGAUGUGUGCAGCUGCUGCCCGCUCGAACAACCGAAAGCUCAAAGAGAGAAUGGAGAACGCAUUUGUGUUUAGUGUGACGUUCGAAAAUGGCACCUCGGCGACUGGAUCAUUACUUGAUCGUGACAAUCCUGAGUUCGACAUCAGCUACCGAAUGCUCUACCAACUCUCAAAGGAUCGGCCAAACUGGAAGAAGUUUGCCAAGACGUUGAAGUCAUAUCGAUCUCUGGAACUCGAUAUUGAGGCGGCAAUUGGCAUUUUGGCCAAACUGAAAGGGAUUGACGAUGUGAAGAAAAUGACGGUGAUUUUGUGUGUCGAUGGCCUCCAGAAGCUGGUCAAUGAUGGUACCAAAAGCUGCGACUUCUACCGCGUGUUGGCUUCAGUCUGCAGCUUCUUGAAUUCGUCCAGAGCGUUUGCUGUUUGUGUUUGUUCGGCAACCAUUCAAAGUCCCGUCGAUAAGGCACUUUCGGACUCUCCUCAGAAGCGCGUGUUUCUAGUCCCACCUCCAUUACGUGGCCACGAAGUCCUGCCAACGAAGACAAGGAUCGAGAAGCAGUUGGUAGACGACAUGGGUGGGCAUGGACGAGCUCUGGAAACACUACAACUCUUUCUGAGCCACUACACGAAAGACCAAUUGGAGGAAAUGGACCCAACAUGGAUGUUUGAGAAACUGUGCGAUGCGUUGCGACUCCAAUAUGGUGAUAUCUUUGCGUCUCCGUUUUUCCAAGAUCCGUACAAUUGCCGAGAAGUGCUCGCCGCAAUCCUCUCUCGUCGUCGUUAUAAGCUGUUUGAUCGUAUUGGGCGCACGGACAUGACCGUAGAUUGUCUUCGAAGCUUCGGAUUGUUCCGAUGGGGCGCGGAAGGCCAUUUGGAAUGCGCUUUCAUUCUUCUUGUGCUGCUGAUGCAGAAACUCCCGAAGAAGCUCGGUGAAGUAGAUAAUUUCGACGACCAUCUCACGCGUACGGUUUUGGUAUGGCAGCGAUUUGAACAAUUCGUGGCGUUUUACCGUCGAGUGAAAUCGAUCGCCUACUGCGAGACUCCGGUCGCACUGUCCAGUUUCCACGCUGGCGCUCGUUUUGGUGCUAUCCAAGACAUUAUUAUAACAGAGCCGACUUCACGCACUGUCGUGGAAGCACUGCGCCAAGAAGAUACAAAAUCCAGUUCCGAUGAUUCGACUGCUUCAGCUGGCGACUUAUUUAUGCGAGUUCAAUUGAAGGUCGGUCGUCAAAACGUCCAAUGCAACGAAGUGAUUCAAUGCAAGCUGCUUCAAACCAAGCAGAAGAUACACGAAGACGCGUAUGCCAAAGAACGAGCUAAAGCGGCAAACGAAAGCUCGGAUGUGUUUUUGCUCGUUACGCCAGCACAAGCGACAGAGUUUGAUCUUCCUCCACGAUGUGGACUUGUUUCAGCAAACGAGUUUGGCCGAUAUUUUGGACCGUUUACAAGUCGCGCGUAUCGGAGUUUUCUGGAGCCACCAAAUAUCAACACAGCUUCAUUCCAUGAGUUACGUCGACUCGAGGGCGUGGGUGACGCAACUGCCGCGAAGAUUAUCGCUGAGAGAACGAUACGCCGAUUCUCGAAUCUCGAAGAUGCAUUGAAUCGACUGGUUCCAAGCAAGAAAGGCAAGACCGCCAUGAUUCUGAGCCGCAUGCAUUACGAUGACGAUGAGGCUGAUCUGUAA